CGUUUUGUUGCAGAUUUUAUUGGUUUAUUGAAUAAAAUGGUAAAGAAUAGCAACAAAAAGUUUGCUAUGCACCCGCGUAAUGUGUUGCGGACAGCGCCGGACUAUACUAAGUUGGCCAUAAAGCAUAAAAACUUUCGCCAAGUGUGUGAACUGGAGCUCAAUGGCAAAGUAUCGCUUAAUUUUCGAAAUGAGCGCACACUGCGUGAGCUGACUAAAAUGUUGUUGCUGGAAUAUUUUGGGUUGCACGUGGAUUUCGCACCUGGCAGUUUGGUGCCCACUUUGGCCCUGCGCUUGAAUUACAUUUUGUGGCUGGAGGAUCUGUUGGCGAAUCGUAAAUUGGGCACAGUGCGGGGCAUUGACAUAGGCUGUGGCUCCUCGUGCAUCUACUCGCUUCUGGCGGCCAAGAAGAAUCAAUGGCAAAUGCUGGCACUGGAGUCGAAGCUAUCCAACAUUGAAUAUGCCCGCGAGAAUGUUAAACGCAAUGAGCUGCAGACGCUUGUGGAAGUCUAUGCACAGCCGGAUAAGCAGAGUAUCUUCAAGAGCUACUUUGAGUCAUGCAGUCAGAGAGAGAAACGCUCCUUUCAUUUCUGUCUCUGCAAUCCUCCGUUCUUCGACUCGAAUGCUCAGAAUCCCUUUGGCGGCAACACACGCAAUCCUGAGCGUCGACCUGCGCCCAACAAUGUUCGCACUGGGAGUGCGGAGGAGCUAACCUGCGCCGGCGGGGAAGUGCAGUUCGUACAACGUAUUAUCGAGGAGAGCGAAUUGUAUAAGGAUCAAGUGCUGAUUUUCACCAGCAUGCUGGGCGUCAAGGCUAAUCUGCCAAAGAUUUUAGACUCUCUCAAGGAGCGACAGAUUAGCAAUGUAAGCACCACGGAAUUCCAUCAAGGACACACAACACGCUGGGCAGUUGCCUGGACAUUUGAAAAGAUACCUUUAAAAGUAGAUACUAACUGUUAGUGCUUUGAAUGUACUAAUGUGUACUUAGUAUAUGUAUUAGAUGUAGUUAGAAUAUUUGAAUACCCAUAUGUACCCAUCUGUGGCGACACUCACACAACUGUUGCCCGCCCAUAUCGCAUUUGUAUCGCGUAUCUCGUAUCGCGUUUCGUGCCGUCAAAAAGCUUUUCUACUAAAUGGAAAUUUGCAUGUUAAAACACACUUUGUGGCCACAAACUGAACAGUUCGAGUAAACAGUCACAAAAAUAACGGAAA